AUGUUUGGUUCCUCCAGGUCUUCUGUUGCGAGCUUCUCGGGAAGUUUCUCGGGAGGCAGAAUGCUCGACAGCCCUCCAAUGUCUCCGUGCCAGAGUAAUCAGUCUGGUGUCGCUGUUGAGCACCAGGAUCAAGACUUCUGCCGAAUCCGAGGUCUUGCGUCUCAAAUCGAUAGCUGCGCCAAGGCCCGAGUCAUUGCCCUGCUGGCGAUGGAGUUCCUCGUCUUUGACGGCAAGCUGCACGGGGGCCGAAGCAACUGGGCGUGCCCAUUUGGCGAUUGCAAGGAGAACUUUCCUGACGUCAAAGACCUCAUGUGGCACGUCGCUGGCUGCUCUCUCUCCUCAGGCGCCAAGGUGUACUGCAACAGCUGCCGCAAGUACGACUGCUUUACGCUCCAGGGCGGUAAUGGCGCGUUCUGCAGCGCCAGCGACAAUGCUGUUCGGGCCGGAGCCUGCUCUCCAAGGAAGAGCAAGGGGCUGCGCAAACUCACCAAUAUCUUCUCCCGUAGUCGCCCGGCAUCGGCGCCGUCUUCUCCGGAAACCCGUCACACCGUCAUCCCAAGUGUUGCGAGUUCUAGGCGGGCUUCCUCUAUUGGGUAUCCUCCCUCUCCGGGGCCGCAAGAGCUGGGCUCUGGUCCACCACACGAGAUGAGUGAUUCGCCUUCACGCGGUGUCCCUGACACUGCCAUAGAUAUGAUUCCCGAGCUUCCUACUACUCCUGGGCCCUUUGGUGCUGGCCGGUUAAGCCCGGUCUCCAUGUCCAACAUCUCGCCCAUGUUUUCCGAAGGAUUCACAGAGUCACCGGUGGAAAAUGUAAACGGGGAGAGUGCAUUGCAGCCUUGGCAUAUGUCUUCAGAAAACAAACCUGCUUCUCUUCAGACGAUAACACCGAAUGAAGUCCCUUCGUCCUGGUCUACGUCUUUGCCGACGGCCUACUCCGAUCUUGACCGCGGCACCGGGCAAGCGUCUUGGAAUAUGGCCCAGCAAACGUCCCCGCAAUAUCCUUGCGGUUUGGGGUCGUUUUCGAGCAAUCCCUAUACGAGCAUGAACAUGUACCGUCAAAUAUCGUCGCCCUUGUACGGUAGCACCACGACCCCUGAGGAUGCCGUCUGCGAUGGAACGUCGUUUGUACACCACAAACAACGAAGCUCUAGUUGGCCACGGCCUCAGACGUCUAUGACCGGGCAAAGCGGACCCAGCACACUUGGUCUGGCUCGGAAUGGAUGUGUAGUGCCGCGGCUGGGGGGGGAUGCUUCCACAUCCAGGAUGGCGCCUGACCACUCCGGGGCACCACCACCGGCCUCGCGCCGCGGCGGGGAGGUGAGGCAAAUGCCGAUGCACGGCUUGCUACCGGAAGCUUCUCCGUCAUUGAGCUCUCGGCCGGACGAGGCAGACUCUGGCCGGUGUCCUCAUCUAGAGUGCUCGUUCCAGUCGAAAGGGAAACCUGCCAAGCGGGCUGUCUACCUCAAAAAGCAUCUAGCCACGCAUCUCCCGCAAAAGGUUAUGUGUUCAGGCUGUGGCAGAGAGUUUAGUAGACCGGACAAUCUCAAAACACACCAGAAAAAUGUGUGUCCGGGAACACGUCUGUCAGUACAUGAGAGGCAGAGCAGGACGCUGAGCCGCCGCGCGGCCAGGGCCCAGGAGGCUUCGGCUAUAAAAUGGACACGGGUAUAUGGUAACUUAUGA